AUGGCGGGGGGAUACUUCGACCUCCCAGUUUCCCGCCGUUCCCAUACUUCUGAUGCCAUGGCAGCAUCCACCAAAACAUCUUCAAGCUCGCAGAGAUGCCCAUUGCCUGCGUAUAGCGAAGCUGUUAGUCCUGCAGGCCCGCAGUCUUUGCCAGAAAGAUCCAAUGACGUGGGCGCUCAGGGCAGGUAUCGGAAUGCCGGCAUUCUCCACAGCACCAAUCGUGUGCAGUUCACCUUGGCUGAUCCCGAGCCGAAGGAGCCCACUGGUGGUGGAGCGACGGCCAAAUGCCGACUGGACCGUAGGGGAAGCUCACAGCUCCCUCAAAGACCCGCCCCCACUGCGAACAUUCCAUUUAUUCAGGAAAAGAAGACCUUGGACUCUCUAUGGAGGCCUUCGGUGGAAGAUAAGCCAGCAGGCGCGUCAGCCUAUGUCACUGGCCUGGCGAUCAGCAGCGAGACCAGCUCAACUAUCAUAGGGAACAAUGAGAUCAGUCGCGGGGCAAAAGGAAGUACGGCUGACAAGGGGCGAGCAAUAUGCUAUGCCCGCAAAAGGGCCCAGCGACUUGCAUCCCUUCUGGGCCGGUACCAAAAAUCCCCGAAGCCUGAUCCUCGAACCAACUUGGUGACAUCGAUUGCUCCUACUCCUACCGAGAAGGUGAUUUCUUCGAAGGAAGACAAUGAACUCUCUAUGAUAAGCAUCGCCGAGAAACAUCAACUCUUUGACGACUUCGCCGCAGCAACUAUCACGUUGACCGAUGAAGAGGAAGCGGACGAUAUAGACGGGCGAUCUACAACGCGCACAGCCGAAGCGCAGUACAUCGUGCGCCAAAUGUCCCGACGAGACUUUUCUUCAUUUAUUACCGGCGUUCAAGCUCCCUCGCCUGGUCCGCUCUCUGGGCAGGUUACCCCCUCUGAAGGCCGGCGCUCGGAGAGCUUCCUUGAGCGGCCCAAGCAUUAUAGGAACGGUAUCCUAUCUUCAAUAUUGAAGCUCUACGACCAGCAGUAUAGCGGGUAUCACCAUCACAACUACCCUAACUCCCCAUACGGACGCGGCCGGUAUGAACAUUCCCGGCAAGGCAGCGUCUCCGACGAUUGCAGCGGACGCGGGUAUUCCCCAGAUCCUGUCUGGAAACCACACCGACCCAGGAAGUGGUAUGAGAAAUCACCCAGCCAAUCCAGCACCUCGCUCACAGGCUCUCUCAAAAAUGUCUCGCCAAUUAGUAUGCUGAGGCGCUCCCGCAGCAGCGGUGCGGUUGCGGGGGCGUCUGGAAUACGUCGAUGGGCGAAACACAAAUUGGAAGACGAGAUCCGUAUCACUGUGCAUAUUGCGGAGCUUCUCUCUCGACAGCGUUAUCUUAUUAGGCUCUGUCGGGCCUUGAUGAAAUAUGGCGCUCCCACUCACCGUUUGGAGGAAUACAUGCGGAUGACGGCGCGUGUUUUAGAGAUUGACGGUCAAUUCUUAUACAUCCCGGGAUGUAUGAUUAUCUCAUUUGACGACACCUCCACGCAUACAACAGAGGUUAGAGUUGUCCGGUCAAACCAAGGCAUUGACCUGGGUAAAUUGGCCGAUGUACACGAGAUUUACAAGGAGGUGAUACACGAUGUGAUUGGUGUGGAAGAAGCAAUCCAGCGACUCGACGAGACAAUGAAAAGGCACAACAAGUUUCACAUACUAUUUCUCAUCUUCGCACACGGGUGCGCAAGUGCAUCGGUUGGUCCUUUUGCCUUUAAUGCCCGACCAAUCGAUAUGCCGAUCGCCUUUUUACUAGGAUGUCUCCUGGGCGUGUUACAGCUCAUCCUCUACCCAAAAUCGAGUCUCUACUCCAACGUCUUCGAGAUCUCGGCAGCAGUACUUACUUCCUUCCUCGCCCGCGCUUUUGGAAGCAUAAGAUACCAAGGCGAGCCGCUUUUCUGCUUCUCUGCCCUAGCACAAGCAGCAAUUGCACUCAUCCUCCCCGGCUACACCGUUCUCUGCGCCAGCCUCGAGCUCCAAUCCCGCAGCAUCGUUGCUGGAUCUGUACGCAUGGUCUAUGCCAUCAUAUACUCACUCUUCCUCGGCUUCGGUAUUACCAUCGGCACCGCUGUCUAUGGCCUCCUCGACUCCCAAGCAUCAGCAGACUAUACAUGCCCCGCCAGCCCAAUCAACAACGAAUACCUCCAGCGCUUCCCCUUCGUCCUCCUCUUCACAGCAUGUCUCGCCAUCGUCAACCACGCCAAGUGGAAACAAAUCCCCGUGAUGAUGAUCAUUUCUCUAGCCGGAUACGUCGUCAGCUACUUCAGCUCCAAGCGUUUCGACUCAAACACGCAAGUCUCGAACGCGCUGGGCGCCUUCGUCAUCGGCGUCAUGGGCAACGUCUACAGUCGAGUCCGUCACGGUCUCGCCGCAGCUGCAAUGUUACCAGCGAUAUUCGUGCUUGUGCCCUCCGGCCUCGCCGCUAGUGGAUCACUGAUUUCGGGAAUCACCUCUGCAGAGGAGAUGACCCGGUCACCCUACGGAGUAGUCGCUAAUGGUACGCAGGGAUUCGUUGAUGCGGCCAAGAACCUUUCUGCGGCUGAAGCGCGGAACCAGAGCUAUGGCGUUGUCUUUGAUAUUGGGUACGGCAUGGUUCAGGUAGCUAUUGGAACGACUGUGGGCCUGUUUCUUGCCGCCCUGGUGGUAUACCCUUUGGGUAAAAAGAGGAGUGGAUUGUUUAGUUUCUAG